CCCAUCUCCACCAAAACCCACCAGAAGGGAAAAGAAAAAGGAAGAUCCAGAGAAUUGUCCACCGUGAUUCCUGAGGCUUCCCGAUAUUAUUAUUAUUACUUUAUUAUUACUAUUAUCAUUACGAUUACUCUCAUUAUUUCCAUCUCUCUCUACUCUCGCGCUCUCCGUCUCUCCAUCUCCCAUCUUUUUGUUUUGUUUUCAUAAUUUCAAUCUUCUUAUUCUUAUCCUUAUUCUUAGUCCUUGUUCUGAUCUUCCAGCCGACCAACGGAUUGUGAUCACUGCUCUUCUCCAUACCGGGAUCCAUCGCAACAUCAUCUUGUCUCUCCCUCCCUUUCCUCUCUCUCUCUCUGUCUCUCUGUCUCUUCUCUCUCUUCCCUCUCUCCCAUCUUCCCAUCUUCCCACUCUUCCUGUCUCUUUGGUUUCAUCCUUCCAUCUUCUCCCCUAUCUACCCGUGUGUUCCUAAUCUUGUCCUUUUAUCUCCGUACAUCUCGUGUGGUUUCUUGGCCCUGUCUUGGUGGUUAUUGUUUGUUAUCGUUGGGUCUAGUCUUGUUUUAUUACCUAUCCAUUCCAUCCUUUGUUACCACUGUAUCUCUACUCCAUCUACCACACCUUAUUACUCCUUAUUGUUCUCCCCCCCACGCCUGUACUUGUACCAACCACCUCGUUCCCCCUACAAUCUUCCUCUCUUCUCUCCCCAUCAUCUUCCGGCCUCUCUUUCGUUCCUGUCAUUCUAUUAUGCCUUACAAUACUCGUCGCAAAUCGUUGUCCCUGCCAUCCUUGGGUAUUCACUUGCCGAGUUCCUCCCGUCGCUCCCCGUCUACCACCAAAUCGUCGCACGCGACGGAUGAUCAAUUGCCUCCCCCCAAGAAGGUCAAGAGGUCACACCACUCCGGUUCGCUGUCUCCAGAGCCCUCGACUCAAAUAAAGGGGCAAUUCGCCCGUCCCUCAGGACGACGCGCCACCGUCGAGCACACGCCACCCCCGUCGCCGGCCGAUCUGGUCGCCCCCAAGAUCGACACCGAAGGGAUCAGCGAUGACAUCGUCGUCGGCGUGAUCGAGCAGUUGGAAAAGACGGGCAACCGCCCGCACUUGGUCAAGGAGCUCGCUGCUAUCUUACUCUCCUUCAACGACAAUGUCGCAAACUCUGCAAAUCCCGCCGCAUUAUUAUCUUCGCGGCUGAACACAUAUAUGAAACGUCCUUGGACGGCCCUCGCGCCGUGUCCGUUGGCCAAGGAGUUGAUUCCCGUUCAUCCGCGGAAAGUGUAUUAUUACCUCAACUCGAUGCCGCGCCAACCCUUCCCAGAGAAUUCGGACGAUAUCGUCAUUCCCGGGAUGGAGGGCAACAGCAUCACCCCCAGCGUGUCCAGUGUCGAUAUGGAUGAGGAUGACGCGUUCGCCCGUGAGCGAUCGCGUCUGAGCCCGAGUCCCGAGGUGGACCUGUCCCCUCCCGAGGACGACGAGAACGCCGAGCUGGGCGGUCGGGACGGCUCCAAUAGUGCCGGUCACCGGGCGGACUUCACCGAUCCGCACCACGCCCGCCUCUCCAGCUCCCACCGGGCGGCCUCGCCACCGCUGGAAGGCGACGAGAAGGAGUUCACGCAGACUGCCAGUGCUGUUCGCGAGCGGGCCUCGUCGGAACAGAAGGCUAGCCAGUUUGAGGGCGUGCGCGGCGGCUUUUCCGCCCUGACGGAAGGGCUGAAUGAGCUCGACGCUCGGAUGAACCUCGCCGACUCUCCGGUCGACGAUGGCCCCCUGUCCUCCAUCAGCAGCGCGCGGUUCUCUGGCAGUCCCGACAGCGACUACUUUUCUCCCAGCGCCUCGGAGCGGUCUCCGCUCGACAGCCCGUUCACCCAGAUCUCUGCUCGCGAGACGGCCGGGAUCGACCUCCUGGGCACCUCCCCGUCUCCCUCCCUGACCUCUGUGGCCUCGUCGCUUUCGUCGGGCACGAGUGUGGUGUCGGACGAUGGCUUGGAUUUGGAUCUCCGCACCGAGGCCCUCGCCGGCGCCCCGCAGAUCAGUCUGCCGGAGGAUCCCGACGCGACGCCCGUCUCGACGCUCAAGCGGUCCAUCGACAUGCUCAACAGCGGGCUCCCCGACCUGGACCUGGAGAUGUCCGACCUGACCGAGCCGGACACGAAGCUCUCGCUGCGGACCCAGGACUUUGCCAACACCGACAUCGAGAUGGUCUUUGCCUCCGAUUCGUGGCGGGAACUCCAAAGUCCCGAGACUGUGGAUGUCCAUGAGCUGGAUGAGAUGUUCGACGAGAUUUGAACCAUCUGUCGUCGUCAUCUGCCCGCUCCGUACUCUCCCAGGAUCGCUCUUGGAUUUUCUUUCUCGCCGAGAUAGAUCUAAGAAGCCCUUCAUGUUGCACUCUCUACUUUAGUGCCUUCGAUCUCUUCAUUCUCCCAUCUCCCCGUCUGAUCCUGUACAUUUCUGGAUUUUUAAUGACCGACUCUGCAUUUGUUUGUACCUGCUCUUCCGACGAAUAUGCCCUCUCUACGUGUACAUAUAUUUCUUUCCUCCUUUCCGCGCUUUCUUUUUAUCUCUUGAUACCUAUCUGUCGUUCAUGAUCUGUUAUAUUCUUGGUUGGUUUGAUGUUUUCCUCUCAACUCUAUAGACUGCUUGGGGAGGAACGAAGACGUGACGUGUGGCGGACCCUGGGAGCCGCCGGACGAAAAAAAAGGACGGGAAGAAAUGCUCCCCAAAAUAACAAAAUAACCGGCGUGAUCUCCUUGUUGUCUCUGUUUUACCAUAUCUGCUGUUGGUGCGGACCGGUGUACUUAAAUGAAAGGAUUUUGCACCUACCUUAGAAUGAUAUCUCCUGGAUCGCUCGCAUUCAUGUCGCGUACCUCGG